GCGGUUACAAGCGUCUCGCGUUCGUUCAUUUCAUUCAUUGCUGGUUUACCUCUCGAGCCGUGCGGACGUGUCUGGUGGUUGUCGCUCGUCGUCGUAGGUUUGUGGUCCCGGUUUCGGUGUUGUGCCAAACAGUUUUUACGCUUACGCUCAGCGGGUUGUUAGCUUGCAACAGCGUUUCGUUUCGGUUUCGAUACUGCAGUCCCGCGUGUGUGAGUCUGUGUAAUUACUCUGUCGUGCUUUAAAAAAACAAGAACAAGUGCUCCCACAAAUGGUGCCAAGAUAGAAAUGGUGAUGGUGCUUCCGCUUUCACUGCACUGCAUUUCCCAAAAGGAGUGCCUAGCGUUCAAUUAUUAACAAAAAAAAAAUGAAGUGAAUAUCGCCCAAAGUCGCCAAAAUACUCUGGUGCGUUGCGCGGCCGGCUCGCGUGUUGGAGGGCACAACGUGCUCGCUUGUUCAUCGCCCCGUGUCUCUGUGUGUGUAUGUGUGCGUUUGUGUAAUUGUUCUGUGUGCUUAAAAUUCUAAACAAUUGCUCCACCCCGCGCGUCCGCUUAUCACGGUCAGUCACGGAAAACCGGAUCGCACAUUCCGGUAGCAUUGCUGCUGGCGCCAACUUCCGUCCAUAUUUCCGAACCGAACCGGAGAGAGCGCAGUUUUAUUAGGCGCCCCCGGGAGGCCGUUUGAUGAUUUAUAUCGCACAGCAAUAUAAAUAAACCCGCCCGACCCGACUAACCGUAACCCGACCCGCUCAAGAAGGUCCGGAGAAAAAAGAGACAGGGAGAGGGGCAGAGUGUUUGUGUGCGUGUUUUAGUGGCGAAACUUUUCUCUCUCGGCGUAAAGAAAAAAAAACAUAAUUGCAAACAUAACAGUCGUUGAUCCAGGGAGCAGUGAGAAUCCUGUGCUCUCGAUCGAUCUAGCGUGGUUCUGUCGUUCUCUGUGUGCAGAAAGUUCUUUACCCCAUCUCGAGUCUAGCAUCCCAGUCUCCAGAGUGAAAACGGACGUCUUACUCUUCGUCCCUAAUCGACCCCCCACCACCCACCCAAAAGCGCAUCGCGUUGAAACGUCACGCCAGAGCGUUGUGCGCGCCGCUUUUUCCCACGUUGACGCCAUCCGAGAGUGAUGCAAUUGUGGUGCUGAAUUGUGGUGCUUUGCCCAUCCCCGUACGUUGUCCAACUGGCAGCAGCAGCAGCAGCAGCAUCCUACUCACCCAGCUAGAAAUAUUUCCAACCCCGUCGGCCGCAACGCCGCAACACACGGUCGGCAGACACGAACGCGCGUGGGGCGGCGAUCACGGUUUUUUGCGAGACUUUAUCAUCAUCGCUUAGUGUGGUGCCCCGUUGAACGGAACGUUCAAGAUGAAUCUAAUGAUGAAGCUGCUGGUGCUACUAUCGCUUCUGCUCGUCCACUCGUCCGGCCACCGGAUACAGCUGUCCGACUCGAUCCUGGACAUCAUCAACACCCGGCACGUCGAGCAGAUACUGGCCGAACGGCGGGCGAACGCGUCGCGCGAAAACGAAAAGCGCUACCUCGUCCAGAAUGACCUCGACGAGGACGUUACCGAGGACGGUGCCGACCUGUACCAAACGCCCGAGGUGGCGCUCGACUUCGAUUUUCACGGCCGGCGCCAAGGUGGUCACGGAUCGCGCCACUCCGGUUCGCCCGGCCAUGGCCCUGCGCUCCCGCACAACGGAUCCGGCGGCAGUGCAUCGUCGUCGUCGUCGUCGUCGGGCGAUCUGCUUGCCGAUCUGCACGCCUACCGGGGCGACAAGCUGCUGAAGUCGAGCAAGAACGCACUGCUGGUCACGCGCAAGGAGUAUCUGAAGAAGGACUGGUGCAAGACGGAACCGCUGGUGCAGCGGAUCCGGGAGGAGGGCUGCCUCAGCCGGACGAUCGUGAACCGCUUCUGCUACGGCCAGUGCAACUCGUUCUACAUCCCGAAGUCGCCGAAGCGCAGGCGCCACCACGCCGGCAAACCGACCGUCUCGAGCUACUCGGUCACCAGCCGGCGGGACCUGGCGGACGGGGGUGGCGUCGGCGGGGGCGGUGGCGGCGACUUCGAGGACGAGGAUCUGACCGGGCCGGCGUUCCGCUCGUGCGCCUUCUGCAAGCCGAAGAAGUUCACCUGGAUGACGGUGACGCUGCGCUGCCCGUCGCUCGUGCCGCAGCUGCGGCGGAAGCGCAUCCAACGCAUCAAGCAGUGCAAGUGCAUCGCCGAACCGCUGAACUAAGAGAUGGGCGUCUGUGUGUGUGCGUGAAAGAGAAGCGUGUAUGAGAGUGUGUACGUGUGUGUCCGGCAGAGUGAAGGUUAGGGUUACGUUUUGAUUAGUAUUAUUGUUCGUACGUAGGCAGUAGCUGUUACUAUUAUGUUUUGCCGUCGUUGUUUCCAACCCCGAGCCCGAUCCAAUCUCCCCACCUUCCAGGCAUUUGUGCACUUUGGAGCCAUCGUGCAUCCAAUUGGAAUGCGUAGGGAAACGGGGUGCCGGGGAAGGGGGUGGAAUUUUUAAACCAUAAAGCGCGCUGCUAUCACCAUUUUAGAAUUUAGUUUGGAGCCAUCUUUGUUGUGAAAGGUGAGGGUUAUGUUGUUGUUUCGUUUUUAUUGCUGUACGAUAUGAACCAAGCAGAGCAGAGAGCGAGAGAGGGAGAGAGGGAGAGAAGAGUAGGGAUGGCAGGAGACACGAAACGAACUGGAACAUCCUUGUCAGUUAGCCCCCAUUCCAUCCCUCUCGAAUGGGGCGCGCUGGCCAACCUUCCAUUUACGUCCAUUUGCGCACGAGUACGAGGCGUUUGUUUUUGGGACGUUUGGGCCGAAGAUAAAGUUACCGCGAAGUGGUGGGCCGCGCCGCAGAAACCACACCGUUGGACAUCCCCAUCCCCCCGGUCGUCCGGGGGUUGAGAUCCACCCGUAGGAAGGUGGUAAUUUUCACCCCGCCGUUCGCCCCCGGCUUUAGCGCUUAGAAUGAUGAAUGGUGCGCGAAUUUGCCAAAAGCGAACCUCGAGCGCGUGCGCAUGUACAUGUGGGCAUACAGGGGCGGCUCACCGUGCACAGGAAUGGUCACUACCUGGCGAGGGGGGGGGAGGGAGGAAGCCCCCUCUCAUGUGGGUCACAAGAACGAGAACCGGGGGUAUUGCCCGUUUGAAUGGGAUGAUGUUUUAAUGAAACGUUUUGCGGGUAGAGUGCGCGGGAGCUAAAGAAACUCCCCUCGUUUGCCGGAUGUUCUGCCGCUCUGUGGCAAGAGUCGGAGCGAUGCAGUAACUGUCCGUUAGUGGUGGUAGUUUUCCAAUAGGUUACAAUGUGCAGCGCGGCACACAAUAAUGAGCCGCAAAGUGUCUAGUAAUGAGCAGUUGUUUGCGGCACCCCCGGCAGCUGUCUAUCGUUGACUCAUCGCCGGUUUGCAGUGUGCAUCACUAUGCUUCCUGCAUUUGGCGCACGUGACCGCACGGUUUCGCGCUGCGGCCACCGCAGCCGCUGGAUUGAUUGGAGCUCAUUCAUUCAGCUUUAUGGCCCCUUCCUGCCGGUCGGGCCCGGAUGAGUGAUCGCUUUGUGACGCUAACGCGUUCGCGCUCCAAAUUCAGCCACUGCCGCGUCUACUGUGACCACGGUACGUGCCCCGUACGCCGUCCAUGAACUUGGAGCACUUGUAUCUCUCUCUGUCUCUCUGUCUCUGUUGCGCUCAUCCCACUCUGAUGUCAUGCUUUGGUGGCCGAUGAGCCUCCGAACCGAGUCCGCAUCGAUCGUCGAUGAGAUAAUCUUCCGGUUCGGUGGGAUCAUGAGGGGAGAGGGGAAGUGAAGGGCUCCUACCGUGCCCGGGGCGAAUAAAUUAGUUAUGAUUGGAUGAGGUGAGCCGCGCGGGGACGGGUGGAGAAGAUGUCACCGAUCGGCAGAGGUCGCAGAUAUGUGUGCUGGGCCCGCAGAAAUCGGAUAGACUCUCGCAAUGGCGGUGUUAAUUAUGGACGACCGUUCGACUGCUUUUUUGGGCCCGUUGGACCCCUCGCCUCAUCUUUGGCUGGGGGUUUUGCUGUGCUCGCUCCUUGGCUCAGUGGCCGCAUGUAUCGGAUUUCCGUGCCGCCAAAACGACGCAAUAGGUCGGCCGGUGGUGCGGUGAGUCAUGCCGACGCUUUGGCAUCGCACGAGCCUCCUGCCGAAUGGUGCCUGCGCGCGAGUAAUUCUGUCACCAGCGUCUGCAUAAGUCACCACCCAGCAGCAGCAGCAGCAGCGGCAGCACACCUUCGCUGUGGUGGUGUUGUUGUGCUAAAUUUGUGUCCAAAAUGCGUGUGUUUCUUUUUUGGCCGUUGGUGUUGCGCGCUCACAUCUGUGUGUAAGCCACACGGGCAGUCGAACGGAAUCACCUGCAUUGGCGAGACCGGUCGGCCGAUGAAUCAGCACCGCCGGAGUUCCUGGCGCGGAAGCGGGUACGCGGGCGGCAGGGUUGCUGAUUGAGCCGGGGCGUAGAUCAAUUAUCGAUCGCGACGGGAACCAGUCAGCCAGAGCGCUUGCAGUGCUUUCGCCGCUUGCUGGAUGGCAUUUGCAGUGGCAUCCGUUUAUGAUGCUAAUGUGUGUGUGUGUUUGUCCUGUGCAUGAGGGGGGGGGGGGGGGAUGCAGGUUUGUGAGGUGAUGGAAGCCUUUCGGGUGUGUGAAUUUAUGUGAAAUGAUCUCCCGAUCGUACAUCGAUCGUUGUGAGUAGCGUGGGAUAGCUAUGCACAGAGAUGGAUAAGCCAAAGGAUGGAGCGCGCCCGCACGGAAUAGAAGCAUAAAUAGCACACACACACACACACACACAGAUAAACAAACAAAAAGAGAGAGAGAGAGAGAGGAAUGGAGCCAAUCACAAUGAUAAUAAUAAAACAUGAAGUAAUGAAAUCGUAACCACCUUUCUAGUUGUAGUGCAACGAAUAUUUAUUGUAUAGCGAAGCCGAGAACAAGAAAAAAAGAAGAAAGCAAACAAAUGGUUUAUAAGCAGGAAAACGAAGAAUUGUGAGUCUCAGUUGGUAAGAAAUAUUACAAUCAUACAAUAAAAAAAAUCGCAUAAACCAUGUAGAGGAAAAUGCAAGGAAGAGUAAACAACACAAGAACACGAAUGAAGAGCAUUAAAAAGAUGAAUGUUAGCAAAGGAAGUGUGUUUCGAGACAAAGUACCAGCAGAAAAGCGAAUCGAAAUGAAAACACGAACGAAAUGCAAACGAGAAGCUAGCGACGAGAAGUUCCAACAAAACAAGUAAAUAAGGCAACAACAAAAAAACAAUUGGAAAAUCCCUUAAUAUUAAGCGAACGCCACAUCUACUAGAGUGUGCGUGUGUGUGUGUGUGUGUCUGCGUGAGUGUGUGUGUGUACUUUUUUGUUAUAAUUUAGUCAGGUAUUUAUCGCAACAACAAUAAGAAGAAGAAAAAAAAAAGGAAAACGAAUGUUCAAUUAACUAGCAAAUGGAUUCAAUUCCAUUUCCCUUCAGUUCCCCGAUUCAGUAUUUGCAGUAUUGAAAAGCUACCAAGUUGUAGAAUGCAGCAGCCGCACACAUACACUGAAAUGAUCGUUGUUCUUGUUCCAUUUACAUGUGCGAUUGUUGUUACUCUUGCAGAACGCGUUGGUGGCUUUUGCAGUGGUAGAGUUAGUAAAAUAGUGUGAACAUAAAACAGCAGAGUGGAAAACAGAAGUCAUUUAGCUUCCAGAGUGGCAUUUUCAAUAAAUAGGAAACGAUGUCAACUGCUAACGUUUGCUUCAAUUGGUUGUAUGCUGUAAAAGCAUAAUGAUUUGAGAAAUGUUGGUGUAGGUGUGUAGAGCAAGCACAGACGCAGAACAAAAAAACAGAAACAAACCACUCCAGAAAAAAAACAAAUCUCUGCCCAGUCUUCGGAAUCAGAUGUUCCUACCAAUUGUAAUAUUUAAUUAGUUAUCACACCCUGUUGUUUGUAAUUUACUUCAUCACGUGCCCCUCCAAAACAAAGAAAGAAUGCUCCCCAGCACAGUAAUUGGACCAGUUGGUAUGAUGGGCCGGUGUGCAACAAUUAGCGCGCUGAGCGUCAUCGCGGGUUCGAACAGCAGCUGGAAUGCGUGUGAGUGUGAGACACCUUUUGAGGUGUUGGAAGCAUUUGGUGGUGCAGUAGUUUAGGAGAUGCCACGUGCGCCCAAAGUCCCAGUCCAGUUGUCGAAAAGGGCCGUACAGUCCGCAGCAUGAUAAGGCACAUUUAGGGCACCAAAGAGCACAGAUUUCAUGAAACAUCCAUGAAGGAGAAGCAAGGAUGCUGAGCUCUUCUCGGCAAGACAAGAGCUAAUUUAAUCAAAAUCGGUUAAAAGGGAAAGCGUUUGUAAGUUUUGGAAGCGCGUAACGCACCAUGUGAACGGUAGAGUGUGGAACGAAACUUAAUGAUGCUGUGAGGGGAGACGUAUUAAGAGGACACUAAGGAAAGCAAACAAACAUACACAAAAACACAAAACAAACCAUGCACACACAAAAACAAAUACAAAC